AUAUGGACGUUGGUGUUGUUGUUGUUAAAAUUCGAGUUUCACCAUUGAGUUUGACUUUUGUGAAACAGUGAAAAAGGCCGUUCUGUGCCUGUAAAGAUUAUGGCUAAAUUACAGAGAGAAACAGAUGUUGCAAAUGUGUUGUCACAGAUGUGUCAGUUCGUUCACCAAUCGCCUGAAAUAGGUACGACAGGAAAGGAAGAGGAACUCUCGCCUGAAAUAGGUACGGCAGUAAAGGAAACUGAAAUAGGUACGGUUGUAAAGGAAGAACCUCUACAAGAGGAACACACGUAUGCACAACAUCUAACGAAAUCACAAAAGAAGUCGUCAAGCAAGCGUAAGAACAGUAAGACUCCUGAAACUGCUACCAAAGGAAGAAAAGAACAUGUAUGUGAAAUGUGUGGUCAUUCGUUUUCAAAGCUUUGCAACCUGAAAAGUCAUUUAAGAGUGCACAAUGGAGAACGACCUUAUGCUUGUGACUUGUGCUCAAGAGCAUUUACACACUACUGGGACCUAAGAAGACACAGUAGAACACAUUCUGGUGAAAAACCUUAUAAGUGCAAUCAUUGUAGCCGUGCCUUUGCUGACUUUGGAAGUCACCGCCGGCAUGUUCGUCUUCAUACGAAAGAGAAUCCACAUAAAUGUCAUGUUUGUUCAAAAGAAUUUUCAAGAAUAGACAGCUACAAGAAUCAUAUGCAUACACAUUCAAAAAGGAAGCCACACGUCUGUGAAGUAUGUGGGAAAGGUUUCGCAUAUAGCAGCACAUAUAAACGACAUCUUAACUUGCAUUCAGGCCAGAAGAAAUUUUCUUGUGAAGUGUGCAAGAAGAAGUUUUUCCGUCAGGACUAUGUAGCGUAUCACAUGAAAUUACACGAAAGACGCACACGAAGAGACUCGAGCACUUCCAUUGAUUCUGAAAUUAACAUAACGGAAAGCGAGCUUAUGCUGAAUUCGGAAAUAGACCGCAAUGCAUCCUUUUCUGUCAGUGAUGAACUGUUUCCGAUACCCAUCCUUUUGUCAAUGGCUGAAUCUGCAGUUGUGAACGUCAAUAUGUGUGAUGGUACCUCAUGUAUGGAUUCCGCAGGGGUUCUUGAAGCAGAUAAUGAAAUAGAGCUUGGAACCACAUCAGAAAUCUCUUCAUCGCACUAUGGUGUGACUAUGGACAUGGAAAGCCCGACUGAAAUAGUCAAAGUUAAACACAUAGAGGACUAGCAAAGGUGUUGUACUAGGCAAUUCUUCUCAAUCCGGAUUGGAAGAUGAGACUGUUGUUCAAUGGCCCACAAUCUAGACUGUUUACGAAAGAUCUAUUUUUUGCAGUGGGAACUCUGUGCGGAAUAAAGGAAUUAAAUUUGUACACAAGAUACGAUUUCUUCUAUUUAGAUAUGUUAAAAGAGUUAUUAAUUGUUAUGAAUUGUACGUACAUUCAAAGCUUUGUAAAUGCCUUUAACUGACUGUCACUUAACAGUUGCCCAAAUGACAAUCUCAAACGAGCAGACCUCAAAAUUUAUCGAAAUUUAUUAACAUUGUUUUUUCUUUGGUUUCAAAUUUAGUUUAUUCUAUCAAGUAAAAUGUGUAUGUGAUCAAGGCCCUUUUUAACAUACUAACUAAGGGGCAAUUGCCCCUCCAGCCCCAGUGACUUUCUUUUGUUUUAAACAAUAGGCUAUUUCCCUCGGACAUAGAUCGAAAACUCUGAGCUAGGAAGUUGACAUACCCAGUUGUAUAUGAAAAUAGGCCAUUCAGAAACUCGAUCACAUGACUAUAGAGGUUGCCUGAUGCGUGUCGCUUACCUAUUGAAAAUAUUACCGAGUUUUUUGUAACACGCUAAAAUAGCUCCGAAAUAGUGGUUCUUGUAAUAAAGCAUUUAACUGAUGAAAAAUCAGCCUGGAGUUCUUAACCUGCAUUUCUUUUAUGCGGGCUUAACUGCAAUGUCAUGGCAUAAAUUGAUUUUUUAAACCAACUUCAGAAAUUUUUGGCUUUGAUGCACCACAAGGCAAAAUAUGUUAUAGCAUUUUACAAUAAUGGCAUUUAGAUGGGAUUGGAUGCCGAGCGGAGAAUAUAUAAGAAAUUUUCAGACAGAAAGGAA